AUGUCCGUCAACCCAGCACCCUCGCUCCAGCUCGCCGACUACCUUGAGAAGCUGCCUGGCACCACCUUUAGGAAGCUGUACCAGCAGCCCUCAACAGCCUUUGCCAUCUUCCGCCGCAUGCUGCCGCAUCUGGCGAAAAAUCUGGUUAUGCGUAUCCUCUACAUGCCCAGGCCUAUGCUUCUCACCGACCUCGACCUUUGGGUGAAGCCGGACGCAAAGAGACUGCGAGACCAUGCCAUUUCGACACUGAAAGGCCUGCACAUCAUCCAAAUCUCCAUGCCGUCCAAGGAGAAGCCCCAGGAGAUGCAGCUCACGGCCAACUUCAAAAACUCGCUGCGGCUGGCCCUCACCGGCGGCGGCGAACACAACUCCUUCGGCGUGCCCUCAACGCUCAUCGUCCCGCCCGAGAUCGACGUUCCCUUCCUCGAUCGCUACGCCCGCAAGAAGUGGGAGGAUAUCCUGCACUUUGUCGUCUCCAGUGUCGGAUACAAGAGCACGGGCGAAGUGUCCGGCCCCAACAAGAGCGUCAAGGAGCUCCUCGUCGCAGGCAGACUGGUAGACAGGCGGCCCAACGGCAGCAUCGGCAUCACCCAAGCCGGCUUCACGUUCCUGCUGCAAGAGCCAAACGCCCAGGUCUGGACGCUGCUGCUGCUCUGGCUCGAGGCCAGCGAGACCAACAAGGCCGCCGGCCUCGAGACCGUCGACAUGCUGUCGUUCCUCUUUGUCCUUGCAAGCCUGGAGCUCGGCCGCGCAUAUGACACAAACGCCCUGACCGAGCAGCGCAGGAACAUGCUCCCCUCCCUCCUCGACUUCGGCCUCAUCUACAUCCCGCAGCACAAGCGCUCCAUGUUCUUCCCGACCCGACUGGCCACCACCCUCACCAGCGGCGGGAGCAGCCUGCGUUCCAUAAGCGAGGGCGUCGCCGCCGCGACAGCUGCCGCGUCUGCCGGCCCCCAAGGCCAAUCGUCCUCGCAGCCACCAGGAGGCCCUCUCGGUUCCUCGGGCGACCAAAAGGGCAGCGUCAUUGUCGAAACCAACUACCGCAUCUACGCCUACACCCAGUCCACGCUGCAAAUUGCCGUCCUCGCCCUCUUCUGCAAGCUCACCAUGCGGUUCCCCGACAUGGUCGCCGGCCGCGUGACCCGCACAUCCAUCCACCAGGCAAUCAAUUUCGGCAUCACGGCCGACCAGAUCAUCUCGUACCUCGCUGCCCAUGCGCACGAGCAGAUGCACCGCACGGCCGCGCUCACCAACAGACCGAUCCUGCCGCCCACUGUCGUCGACCAGAUCCGCCUAUGGCAGUUGGAAAACGAACGCAUGAAGACGACGGGUGGCUUCCUGUUCCGCGACUUUGAAGACCACAAGGAAUUUCUGGAUACGGCGAGAUUUGCAGAGGAGAUUGGCGUCCUGGUCUGGAGAAGUGACAAGUCAGGCAUGUUUUUUGCCAACAAGUACGAGCAAAUCAGGGACUAUUUGAAGAGCAGGAAGCGCAUCGAAUAG